CCGGCGCGGGAAAGGGGCCGAAGUCGCGUGCGCGCGCUCAGUCAGCGACCGCGCGCCACACGUUUCGGGAGGGGAUGGCGGCAGCGGCGGCUGCCGGGAGCGGGACGCCCAGAGAGGAGGAGGCUCCCGGAGGGGAGGCAGCGGCUUCGCAGCCCCAAGCCCCGACGAGUGCACCCGGGGGGCCUCGCCUCUCGAGGCUGCCUCUGGCGAGAGUGAAGGCCUUGGUGAAGGCAGACCCUGACGUAACGCUGGCGGGACAGGAAGCCAUCUUUAUCCUGGCGCGUGCCGCGGAACUGUUCGUGGAGACUAUCGCAAAAGAUGCUUACUGCUGUGCUCAACAAGGAAAGAGGAAAACUCUCCAGAGGAGAGAUUUGGAUAAUGCAAUAGAAGCAGUGGAUGAAUUCGCUUUUCUAGAAGGCACUUUGGAUUGAUUGUGGAGCUGGAUGAUGUGAGACUUUGCUGCAUCUGUCAUCUUUCCCCUCUGUAAGCCUCAGCUUUGGAGAGAGUCUGCGCAUGUACACAAUCUUCUUAUUCUUUUACCCAAGAUAGAAGAAGCAGAGAUCUCUUGGAUAACAUUCUCCACAAAGUCUUCCAUUACUUGAGUCUGUCUUCCAAUUCAAGCCUGGAUGUAGCUGAUGCUGUUUGGGGCAGAGAUGAAAGGAAUGUUCUGCAUAGGUGGUUUAAUGAGCACAGAAGACUAGAAUAAAGGUCUUUGGUCAGCUUCAUUCCUGUGUUUUAUAUUGCCUUUGCUCUUGCCCUGUGACUGGGAACCCAUGUGAUCUGGCACAGACCUUCCUCAUCUUUCUACCAAACAUUCCAAGUCAGUCUUUUUAUUAAAUUUGUUCUUUCUCAGCAUGUCAUUGGAAUGUGGAUCGAUAAUAUAUGGGAUGCCUCUUCUUAGAAGUCAAAUUGAUGUGGUCCCAACAGUUUUAUUCAAGUAUAAUUCAUGUGUCAUAUUCAAUUCAAACUGUAAAGUUCAGUGGCUUUUUAAAAAAAAUAUUCAUAGGUAUAUGUAGUGAGAUUUUGAACAUUUUCCUGUGAAUGGAUUCACAUGAGUCUUGUGUAUGACAAAAUUUAGAUAAUGUUAUUUAAAGUUUAUCUAUGCUAUGAUAUGUAUUUAUACCCUUUAAGUUGUGAAAUAUAUAUGAUAUAAAGUUUCCCAUUUUAACUGCUUUUCAGUGUGUUGCUCAGUGAGAUUGAAUAUUUUCAGAGUGUUGCACAACCAUCACCAUCAUUGGCCUCCUGAACUUUGUAACAGUGUUCUCAGCCUGGAACAUUGUGCACAUGGAACAGUAACUUCCUUUCCUUUUCUCGUCUUAUGUUAGGCUAAAUAAUUUUUUUGUUCUUUUUUCUUGUGAAGUGUGGGCAGUGUACUUGGAGAACUUAGAAUGUAGUGGUUCAGGAAAGCAGCAGACAGCUGUGGUUAGGGCUUCCUAUAGUAUUCUGCAGUGUAGAUAAAUCUCUUAUGGUACAGAGUGCACGAUCUUUUCUCUAGAAUGAUAGAUUCAGUCCUGUAAUAUGUUAAAAAUAAACUUUCAGAAAAGUA